AUGAGCGCGCUCGAAGAGACCAAACAUACGUUCGGCUUACAGGGGCUCAACCAGGCAAAAGCUGGGGGUUCCACAAUCUGUGUACAACCUCCUUCUCAAGCAGAAACGUUGAUGAGUACACAGGAGGCGAAGGAGCGUAUGGAAUCAAAGCCAGAAGGGAAGGGGAAGGCCAGAGAGGCUCAGACAACACCAGCUACCACAAGGUCUCAAACCUUUGUGGGCCCGGCAACUAAACCCACCAAUCUCCAAACAAAUGCCUCCGUCGAAUCUCCCCAAAUGAACAACAAGACCGCCGAUAGAUCGAACUCUACCCCGGUUGCUGCCGGCACCCUCAAUGUUCCUACACCACACCUGGUCAAUACUCGCACUACAACAGCUCCCGAAGCUUCCAAUACUCCCAAUACGCCCAACUCAACAAAUACUUUGCCGCUCAAGCGUGGCCCUGGGCGUCCUCGGAAAUCGGAAGUAAGCACAGGCCCUCCAGCUAAGCGCCCCAGAGGUCGCCCGCGCAAUGUGACGACGCCCGCGAGCCUCCCGCGCCUGCGCAAUGAAGCCACCGACGAAGAAGGUCGUAUUGAUAACAGUGAAGAUAGCGACUAUCAUGAUAACGCUGAAGAACCAGUUCCUGCCCAUAUUCUCGCCCAAUUCAACAAUCAUGUAGGACUCCUUCGCACUCGUCUCGACUCACGUGGAAUCCCAGAACAGUAUUCGAUCUACAAGUCUUUCUGGUUAGCUACUCGUUCGGCAUAUUUUGAUAGCGGUGCCACUGCCCCUCCUGGACGCUUCCUUUACUGGGACCCGUUGUUCAUAACCUCGGUUGGCUGUCCGGUUUGCCACCAGCCCCUAGCUAUCGCCGCAGGAGGUGGUUGGUUGGAUGCACCCCUUGGUAUACGAGACGAGGAUGGCCCAUGUUGGAUCAUUGGUAGACGUUACGUAUGCACACAAUGUUUUGCAGCAACGGAAGAGGCAGCAAAGUAUGUACAAGUACCUGGUUCAAAUCCCGAUGCAGGCACUAGCAAUGAUGAAACCAAGCCCAAAGCACUCAAACCUGAUUUAUCUUCCCCUGUGUACUACGUCUCGUGGGAGAAACGUUUCCGUGCGCUUCUACCCCCCACCCUCUCAGCUGAAUUCCCUAAACGCGUUGCGCAAAAACGGGCUGCGUUUAAUCGGGCAUCUCUAGGGAUUGUAAUGGCCACUUCAGGAGAUGUAGAUGUCAACAUGGAUGCAGAGGGCGAGGGAGAGGGAGAGGGAGAGGGAGAAGGAGAGGAGGAGGGGGGCUUACCAAAGCGAUCACGUCGUACUCGGCAUUGUAUGAAGUGCGGCUCCAAAGAGUGCCCUGGGCGUUUAUCCCGAGCGCGCUGUCCGGCCGUAUGUCAUGAUUGCAGGCUGCUAACUUGCGAUGGGCGAAUGAAACCAAAUGUCACUUGCAAAGGCGAGCUAGCCGCUCCGUUCAAGCAGACGGGCCGCGAUGAGAUUUCCACCGCCUCUGAAACUAGCCCUCCAGCCCCGGCUCCACAGCCCUUGAGCUGGCCUACGGGCUUGCCCCAGAUCCCUCCAGGCUUUGUACUCGCCAUACCUUACCCUGUGGGGUCGGACGGCAGCAGCACCAGUACUCAACCCCCAAUGGCAUACCUUGUACCACAGGGCGAAGUUCCUGGGUUUUCGUUUCCCAAGAAUCAGGCGGGGCCCAGCUCGGAGGUCCCUCCAACCGAGGCGAGUAACAUGACUCCCAUGUCCGCUCAACUUCUCGCUCCUGCUCCCGCGCUAGUUACAGGGGUUGUCAGUACAUCCCCAGACUUGGCAUCGGCGACCGGUACACAACCUUCAGCUACAAUGGAUUCAUCUGGUUCUCAACAGCCCGAGUCACAAGCUCACGGCAGGAAUGCCCAACCUAGGGCAAGCGCUCAAUCUAGAGCUGCAUCGAAGCAAAAGACACCUCAGCGGAAAGCAGCGGUUCAGGCUCAGACCCCAGCGCAAACUACUGCUCCUGCCCAACAGCCUACACCCACGUCCAAUAUAUCAAGUGCUCAGCAACCGUCACACCACUCUCAACUGCAUCCGCCUAUGCCACCUCACCACCUUCACCCUCCGCAACAUCCCCCUCCAUACCCCCCGCAUGGCGGCCCCUAUCAUCCACCUGCGCCUCCUGGAGGCCCGCCCGAACAAGGAUAUUAUGGAUUUUACCCUUAUGGGUACAUGCCCCCUUAUGGAUAUGGCUACUAUCCACCAUACCCUCCGCAAGGAUCCGGACAAAACCCCGCUCCGGGAGCUCCUGGAGAAAACGGUGCACCACCGCCUGGGCCACCAUAUCCCCAAUAUCCCCCAUAUCCUCCACAAGGAUACCCCGCUCCACCCCCUGGACACCCCUAUCCUCCUCCAAAUAAUCCAUACCCACCUCCCCCGCGUGGUGCUCCUCCUGUAUCCGCCAAUGGAUAUCCAGGGCCUCAGUCGGGUCAGCCGCCCUCGCAAUAUGCGGUAUACCAUCCACCCGAGACUGGCCAACCUGCUCCUGCAGCCGGGCCGACCACAAGGAAAAGAAAGGCCCCGAAUACUGGAGACAAGGCUUCUGAGACUUAA